CUCACACCUGGUGGGAUGCACUUCCGAGACAGCAAGAGGAAAGUGGACUAUGUUUUAGCUUAUCACUAUCGGAAAUGUACCUCCCAGUCCAGCGGCGGUUCUCCAAGCCUCUCGCAGAGACCUCCUUCUUUGGCUAUCAUUUCUAAUGGGGAGACGGCCAAAAGUCAAUCUGAACAGCAGCCGCUGCCGCCACAAGGCCAGGAAGCAGCUCCUCCAGAUGCCGAGGUCAUCGAUCUGGGGCCGCUGGAGGCUCUGGAGGAAGCGAAACGGGAGCAGCGGAAAGAGUUUGAAAGCAACCUGAUGGAAGCUGGUCUGGAGAUAGAAAAAGACGCAGAGAAUAAGACACAAGGACUGAGUUUUGUCCGGAUACAUGCACCAUGGAAUGUACUUAGCAGAGAAGCGGAGUUUCUUAAAAUAAAAAUGCCCACUAAAAGGACGUACGAAAUAAAAGAAGAAACGGGAAUUGUCAAUAAGUUGUCUGAAGUAUGGCAGAAGUUUACAAAACCUUUGCAGCCCAAAGUGCCACAGCAAAAUACCACCAGAAUGAAGCAUUUAUCUUAUCCUUUCUCCAGAGAAAAAAUCUAUUUGUACAACAUUCAAGAUAAAGACACGUUUUUUGACAAUGCUACCCGCAGUCGAAUAGUACAUGAAAUUUUGAAGCGUACAUAUAGUACAAAAGCCAAAAACAGUAUGGGUAUUAACACAUUAAUAGCAAAGAAUGUAUAUGAAACAGCCUUUCCCCUCCAUGAUGGUGAAUAUGACGGCGAAAACAAAGAAAUGAAUGAAAGAAAGCUGCUGUAUCAAGAAUGGGCACGAUAUGGAUCGUUUUACAAGUUUCAGCCUAUUGAUCUUGUAAGAAAGUAUUUUGGAGAAAAAAUUGGGAUGUAUUUUGCCUGGCUGGGCUUAUACACAGAGUUUCUUAUUCCAUCUUCGGUAGUUGGAAUCAUUGUGUUUCUGUAUGGGUGCUUAACCAUUGAAAGUGACGUUCCCAGCAAGGAGAUGUGUGACCAGCGUAAUGCCUUCACCAUGUGCCCUCUGUGUGACAAGACGUGUGACUACUGGAACCUUAGUAGUGCUUGUGGCACAGCACGUGCCAGUCACUUAUUUGACAACCCUGCCACCGUCUUUUUCUCCGUUUUCAUGGCACUUUGGGCCACCAUGUUCCUUGAAAACUGGAAGCGUUUGCAGAUGAGACUAAGUUAUUUCUGGGACCUAACUGGCUUGGAGGAGGAAGAAGAACAUCCCAGACCAGAAUAUGAAACCAAAUUGCUGCAGAAGAAAUCCCAAACCGAAAAAUGCAAAAAAACAUGUCAAGAUGAGGAAGAAAAGGAAAAACUGACCUGGAAAGACCGUACCCCUGGCUAUCUAGUGAACUUUGCAUCUAUCUUAUUUAUGAUUUCACUGACGUUUUCAUUGGUCUUUGGUGUGAUUGUGUACCGGAUAACUACAGCGGCAGCACUAUCAAUGAGUCCCAAGGAGUCAACCAAGUCUAACGUCCGAGUGACGGUGACAGCAACGGCUGUCAUCAUUAACCUUGUUGUGAUACUUAUCCUAGAUGAGAUUUAUGGAAUGGUUGCCAAAUGGUUGACAGAAAUGGAGAUACCAAAAACAGAAAAGACCUUUGAGGAGCAUUUAAUUAUGAAAGCUUUCCUUCUGAAAUUUGUGAACUCCUAUGCACCAAUUUUUUACGUGGCAUUUUUUAAAGGAAGGUUUGUAGGCCGACCUGGACAUUAUGUGUAUGUAUUUGCUGGUUACCGAAUGGAAGAGUGUGCUCCUGGAGGCUGCUUGAUGGAGCUUUGCAUUCAGCUAAGCAUUAUCAUGCUGGGAAAACAGCUGAUCCAAAAUAACAUCUUUGAAAUUGGAGUUCCUAAAUUAAAAAAACUGUUCCGGAAGCUAAAGGAUGAGAGGCCUGAGACAAAGGCAAAUGAAUCUGAUCCUUCCAAACCACCUCAGCAGUGGGAGCUGGACCACGCCUUGGAACCUUUCACUGGGCUGACCCCAGAAUACAUGGAAAUGAUUAUACAGUUUGGAUUCGUCACGCUCUUUGUUGCUUCUUUUCCUCUGGCUCCUGUGUUUGCCCUGCUCAACAAUGUCAUUGAAGUUCGCCUGGAUGCCAAAAAGUUUGUCACUGAGCUAAGGAGGCCGGAUACAGUAAGAGCGAAAGAUAUAGGGAUUUGGUUUAACAUUCUGAGUGGCAUUGGAAAAUUUUCAGUAAUAAUUAAUGCCUUUGUCAUAUCCGUCACUUCUGAUUUCAUUCCGCGCCUUGUCUAUCAAUAUGCAUAUAGUCACAAUGGAACCAUGCAUGGCUUCAUCAACCACACUCUCUCAUACUUCAACGUCAGUGAUUUCAAGGCUGGAACCCAGCCAGAAGCCUCAAGUUUUGAACAGGAUGUUUCCCUUUGCAGGUUUAAGGAUUACAGAGAACCACCAUGGUCUGAAAACCAGUAUGAAUUUUCUAAGCAGUACUGGACUGUUUUAUCUGCCCGUUUGGCCUUUGUCGUUAUCUUUCAGAACCUGGUCAUGUUCCUCAGUGUCCUUGUUGACUGGAUGAUCCCAGACAUACCCAAGGAUAUCAGUGAGCAGAUCAAGAAAGAAAAGAGCGAGCUGGUUGAUUUCUUCUUGAGGGAAGAGAAUGAGAAACUGAAACUGAUAGAAAACUUUAUCAGGCGAGACAAGCAAAGGAGCAAGAAUGAGACAAGAGGAAGGAGAAAUCGAGCGGCAAGUUUCUGCCAGUUCAGCCGAAGUCAACGGGGCAGCUUAACAUCCUUUAGUUCACACCACACUGAUGUAUGAUUCCUUGAGGGCAC